AUGGAUGAAAAUACAAAAAUCGAAACUUUCUUGGAUUCUUUUAUAAGUAACGGCAAUGCUACUCAAGAAGAAGCAGAUAAAGUACUUAAAAUAUUUAAUCAACAUUGGAUUCGCAGAUUAAAGGAUUGUAAGGUGUUUGACAUAAAAUCUUUAGAAGAAAAAGGCAUUCCUGCAUUGAAUCUGGUAAGUGAAACAUCAUAUGAGAGAAUGUUUGAUACUCAAUAUAAGGAAAGAGGAAUUGGUGGCACAACUUAUCGGGAGGAAGCAUUUACAAACUUUGAAGGUGUUGAUGUGAAUAAUGAAAUUCAGGUGUUAUACAAACCAGAAGGUGCAUCAGCCUGUCUAUUUGGUGGUGACAAGUUUUGGGACACUGUCAAGAGAGUUCUACAGGGUGGUGGUCUCCACAUUGUUGCUUUUGCAUCCUAUGGAUAUUGGGGAGCAUAUAGUGGACCAGGCCAUCUUAAAACUAUAUCUCCUUUUGACUUAGAUGAAAUUAAUACUUGGAAUUUUGAAGAUGUUCAGUAUUCUGAACAAGAUGCAGUUGCAGACCAUCUGAUCAAAACAAAUGUUCUUUCAGACUUCCAUCAAGAAUAUUAUUUGAGAAACAGGAAACUUGACUUCACAUCACCACUAGUCCAUGUAGCUUAUCUUCAGGAACAUCUUGGAUCUAGAACCCAUGUACACACUUUACCAUAUCCUUUUGAAGAUUUUAUCAAGAAGGUGUUUGAAUUAAUGAGCCCAGAGACUUUCAAGAAAACCCUUUGUGUGGGUAAUGAUGGUCAACUGCUGGAGAGGGCAUGGCAAAUGGAGUUUUACCAUGCAGCAAGACAACUGCUUCCAAAAAAUGUACAUAUCUCUCCAGAUGUUGGUGCUGUUUUUGCUUCAGAGGGCUGGGUGGACUUUUAUGUUGAUGGUAAACAUGAUUGGAUGAUAGAGCUACGUCAUGCAAUUGUGGAUAUUAGAAGUGGUAUAGGUAGACCCCACAACCUGAAAUCAGGUGUCAUUUAUGUUGUAUGUUCACAGGACUUUUCCAGUGUGGAAAUAUGUAUUAAUAGUAUCUGGGACAAGGUUUGGUUGUGUGGAAGUAGAGAUUUGUACACUGAGUUGGGUAUCUCAGUGACAUCUUAUUGA